CUUUUUAGCAAUAAUGAUUUAUAAAUAAUUGGACAUUUCACGGGGUUUUUCUUAUAUACAGAGCGCCCCAAAAGUCACUACCCAUGAGGUUUCAUGUACCGGUAACCUAAGCUUUAUGAGAGGUGGUGCAUUAAUAUUGACCAUUAUUAUUGUAUCAUUCUUUGUACAACAAUUGCUUUUGAUACUGUACUUUGGUUUUUAUAUGGAGUGUUCCUCAAUAAUAUAAAAGUAGGCUAUUUAUACAAUGUUUAGAUCAAAAUUUGUUUGAAUGAUUAGAAUGGCAGCCUGUUAACAAUAAAAACGUCAGAUCUGUGUCUUCAUACCUUUCUCUAAAUUGUUUUGAAUAAUUUUUCCCAUGACACUUGAAGAACUGAAGGCACUUGACUUGAGAAAAGUGGAUAAGAAAUUCAGUCAGUUUAUGAUUCACUCUUCUAACGUUACAUUGUUGAAACUCUUCUACAGUUGAAAAUCUCAGCUUUAUUUAAACCAUUUUGAAUUAACCAAUUAAUUUUGUUAACAGUGAAUGGCCUUCGAUUCAUCUUAUAAUUGUAAUUUAGAAUAUAUAUUUUUUAUUUCUUUUUUCUAUCUAUCUGUAAUUUGAAAUUCUUCCCUAAAACGAUUCAAGUAUGAAAUUGGUCAAAAUAUACGCUAUCGUAUUAAUAAAAGAUAUGCUCUACAAUUGAUUCAAAGGUACUAUACUAAACUUGUAGCUAAUAUUACAAAGUUUUAUUUCUGAAAUGUCGAAUAAUGAAAAAUGUUUGGUUUCAUGGAAUAAAAUACGUAAGAAAAUAUUCAAAUCACUGGAACAGUUUCUUAUUUCUUUGGCUGUGUUUGUUCUUGGAGCUUCAUUGAGAGAUUCCUUAUCCAUUGAAUUCAGGCGAAUGGCUUUUGGCAGCGAGACAUGUUCUGGGUGUAGGCCUACUCCUCAACAGAAAAUUGAUGAUUGAUUCAGAAUCAUUGCAUGUUGCUGAUGCACUUGCGGAACUCUUCUGGCUGUGGUUAAUUUGUACUAGCGUUGGCUGUACUAUUUAUUUUUUCUUUGGAGGAUUUUUGCAUUACUACUACUAUAUCAAUAGAAAGGAACAAUCGAAUAACUGGAAAUGUCAACCAAAUCGGUGGCUAACCUCCGAUCUUGUAAUGGAUGCUCUCUACAAUGGACUCAUUGGUCUGUUCAUUGGAAACACAUUUUCAGCAAUAUUAGUUUUCUACUUGUUGAAUGACGGCUGGAGUCUGAUGUACUUCAAUUUCAACGACUACCCAGUUAUGUGGUGGUUCAUGCAGUGGCCAGUCACAUUCUUCGUCCAGGAUUAUAUGGUAUAUCUUUCGCAUAGAUUGCUCCACACACCUUACAUGUACAAGAGAUACCACAAACUGCAUCACAGAUAUAAGGCACCUUGCCCGUGGACGGUCACUGCUCUGCACCCUGUUGAAGUAUUGCUUUUCCAAAUUGUCAUGAUUCUGCCCAUAUUCAUGUUUCCUAUUCAUUGGGUUACUUAUUUGUCGAUUGUGCUGUACGCAUAUUACUGUUCGAUUGUGGAUCAUUCGGGAGUUGACAUGAAGGCGCCCUGGUGGCAGCCUUGGAGAGCGGACACCAUCCACCAUGACAACCACCACCAAUACUUCCAUGUCAAUUUCGGCUUCAACUGCUAUUACUGGGAUAUGCUGCAUGGCACUUCUCGCAGAUCUGAUAGAAUUUACAAUGAGAACAUCUUCAAAGGCUUUGGAAAAUCGUUGAAAGAUGCAUCUGAAAAUGAAAUAUCCAUUGCAGAAAAAGAAAUGGCUUCAGAGAAUCCUUUGGCUCAUAGAAAAGAUAAGGUACUCACAACUAAGAACACAAUAUGUUUGUGAAUAACUUUUCUUUAUUCUUCAAUAUAAUAUAAUCUCACCCUACAUCA